AUGGAAAACACGGCAUCUAUAGUCCGAGAGCCCUCAUUGGACGGUUCGGCACCCGCCCCGAAGCCCCGGAAGCUCCGCAAGGGCACGCAGAGCUGCUGGGAGUGCAAGCGGCGAAAGGCCCGGUGCACCUUUUCGGUCGCUACCAAGGACGUCUGCGAGGGCUGCAAGCGCCGGGGGACUGAGUGUGUCAGUCAAGAGGCGACUGAUGAGCCGCCUCCUCCUGGGAGUAGGAAGGGGCUCGUCGAUAGGCUGGGCCAGGUUGAGGCUUUGGUUGGGCAGCUUCUAAAGGCCGCCCGUCGAGACGAUUUGGUCUCACCGGCGAUAUCAGAAUCACGACGGCGGAAUUACAGAGAUAGGCCAAGCCGGUCCCAGUCACCAGAACUUCGGUCCAGCCGUCUCGUUCGUCAACGAUCAUGUCACGACACAUCGAGAGAUGCCCAAGAAGAGGUUACUUCACACCCAGGAUCCACGCCAAUAACAGACUCAAUACAGACGACUAUUGAUGAAGACCAAGAUCAUUCAACAGCAGCACAUCACGAUCACCUACGCCGAGGUCUCCUAGCAGCCUGGCCGAGCCCACAGGACCUGGAUGCCAUCCUCCGGCUCCCAAUAGCAACUUCAUCUAUCAUUUGCGCGGUUACGUGCACACAUCUAUCUCAAACAAGCGGUUCCCCGCCAUCAUCAAAGAAAUUACUACAACUGCCGCCUUCAGGAUCGCAUCCAACCUUGGUCGCCCGAAAACUAUUGAUACUGGCGACCUUUCUUCAGGGCAUGCCAGCGUCAUCUACACAACAGCUUGGCACCCUCAGUACCAAAUAUUACGGACUCAUGUCGCGACUUGUCAAAACGGCCCAUAACUUGGUGACUUGUAAUGACGAACUUGUUACUUCGCUGGAAGGCCUCGAAUGCAUUCUUCUCGAGGCGCUGUACGAGAACUACUCAGGGAAUCUCCGUCGCUCAUGGCUCGCCGCGCGUCGAGCAGUCGCAAUUGCUCAGAUAAUGGGCCUGAACCGGGGAGUCGAACCCCCCUCUCUCGACGGUGCCAGCGUCAAGCCCGAUGAUAUGUGGUCUCUCCUCAUCCAAUUCGACCGAUAUCUCUGCUUGAUGCUGGGUCUACCUCAGAGCUCGUUUGAUGACUCUUACGCCGAGGCCGAGGCCCUCGAUUCCUGCAUCCCAUGGGAGCGGAUGCAUCGUCUCUGCACCGUUGCAUGCGGACGCAUUCUACGACGGAACUUUUCAGACAUGUAUGACAAAAGAAGCGCUGAAGAGAUUGGAAGGAUCUUGCAAGAUGCUUCUACCACGAUGCCCGCCCAAUACUGGGUAGCGCCAACCAUACCCACUGCUGCCGGCCACAUGGAGAGAAUCCGCGAGACGCUUCGUUUCAACGAUCACUUCAUGUACUAUCACCUCUUACUACAAGUGCAUCUACCGUUUCUAUUGCGAUCGAAUGUCGAGCCUGGAUACGAGUAUGAUAGGAUGACGGCCGUCACGGCAAGUCGUGAGAUUCUGUCCAGAUUCGCUCCUUUUCGGGAGUUCAGGUCUGCCAGCUAUUACUGCCGAGGUGUAGACUUGCUCGUCUUUACCUCCAGCGCGGCCCUAUGUCUGGCACACAUCACCGAUCAGCGCAACCGAGGCUCUGAGAAUGCCGGCUUUCACUUUCUGGCACACCAGAGAUUGAGUGACCGUGGCAUGUUGGAGCAGAUCCUGGGUUACAUGCAAGAGGUGGUGCACCAAAACGAUGACCCGAUCGCAAAAAGGGUGGUCACUCUUCUUCGACACCUCCUCGCAAUCGAGGAAGAUGCAGCAUCUGGUGGCAGGUACAAUGUCACCCUGGUCACAGAACCCAAGAAGGAAGAGGAUCUCGGGUGCAGAGUCAAGCUCAGCGAUGACGACACCAUAAUGGAUAUCUAUAUCCCUCAUUUCUGCGUCAUCAGAAUCGAGCCCCAAAGUUCCGAAAAGGGGCCACAGACAACUCUCACCCAAACGGCAGCGAAAGACAGCCAACCAGCUACUACGACGGCGGAUGUUUGGCGAGAUCUAUCACUAGUUCAAUCUCCUCCUUUACCUGUAAACGAAAAUGGAGACAAGGCACAUAAUACCGAGGAACUCCCUGUGGACUCUAUCAUAGACUGGGAGUUUGGAAACUUGGACAUGUCUUUUCUGGAUAACUUUGUCGAGGGGACUGUGGGAUUAGAGACUUAA